AUCCCCUUGGAUGUAAUCAUUUACGCAUAAUGCGAAUAAGUCGAUUUAAUCAAAACAAUAUUUACAGACAUUUCAAGUGUAUCAUGUAUACAUAACCUACUGCUAGUAUAUACAAGGGAAAAGUACUUCCAGGUAAUAGAUGAACACUUAUCUAUUAAUCAGUUAUUACUAGCGGAGUGUCAGCGAACUGGGUGAGAUAGAGUAACAAAAAGAAAGUUCAAAAGAAUAACCGCCAUCGUUAUUUAUUUGAAACAGCAAAAUCUACAAGUUUAUCUUCAGUGUACCAACACCUACAACACUAGUAACAGAUGAUUCUACAAGUGUAACUGACUUCAAAUCUAUGAGUUCAAGAAAACUUUGUUGUUCAGAUAUUUUGAAUGAAAAACCAUGUAUACCACAGAACACUAUGGAAUUCGUGAAUAACUUGCCAUCUAGGCUUGGGUCGGAUAAUUACAACAAACACCAUCAUCCAUGUUGUUGCUGCCUUGAGAAUUCGUCCACUAUGUCUUUGUCAUGUUGUUUUAAUGUUCAUACUGGAUGCUGUGCUUCUCCGUUAACCUCAAAUCCCAUUACAUCAAUGACCAACUGUUAUGUUAUGAAUCCCAAUAGAUUUUCUGGGCAUACAUCUUGUACAGGAACAAUGAAUUCUCUGCCAGAUGUCUUGAACUAUGAAGAGCAUAAUUUUAGGCAGGUAAAUUCUCUCCAGUCAAAAGUUUCAUCUCCACAAAAUUUAUUUCUAAGUACAUUAAACUGUGAUCAGAAGUUUUCUACAGCAGAAAAGGAUACGAGAACUAUCAGUGAACCUUCCACAACCUUAAUGACUGUAUCUAGUAAGGAUGAUGAAAAUUGUGACAUUGUUGAAACUGUGGAUGGUGAAGAAACGGCAGAUAAUGAACAUGCAUAUGAUUGUCUUCAGAACAGUUACACUGAUGAUACAAACCAUAUUAAUCAACUGAAUCCUAAUCUCCUGGGGCUUCUAUCCAAAUGCAACCAGAUAGUCAGAAAUUCAUCAACCGAAACAACAUGCUCACUAACAUCAUCUUCGUCUUUGUAUUCUCCAGUACAUUCAAUAUUAAGUGUCAAUACAACACUACAGUAUAACAGCCGUGAAAUUGCAGCUUUAAAUUCGUUAAUCCUAAAAAAUAAUUUAAAUUGUCCCAAUGAAACCUCCACUUUUGAAGUGAAUAAGACCAGCUAUAACAUGGAAAAUGAAAAUGAUGAUGACGAACAAUGCACUAGUGAGGGUAAUUUUAUGCAUAACGAGGUAGUUCAUUCAAGUGCUACUUCUUCAUGGUUGUUAGAUAAUCACAUGGAAUCAAAGAAUGUGAAAGGUCCUGACCAAAUACUUAAUACCAGUCGAACAAUCCAUGAAGUACUUGAUUCUUCACUUUCCAACUAUCCUCUAGACGCAUAUAAUUCCUACUUAUCACCACCGACAUCUUUCCCACCCUCUUGCUCUCCAUCAGCAAUUCAUAUCUGUGAUUCAGCAAUAGUUUUAAGGCAACAGAAAGCUUCUACAAACGCUACAAACAAUCUUUGUAACACUGGUAAUUGUAAUAUGAAAGGAUAUGAUGAACAACAUCCAAAUCAGUUAAUUUGUUCAUCAUCAUAUUCAUCCUCCUGUUCGUCUUCUUCAUCAUUAUCAGCGUCAUCAUCAUUAUCAGAUUACAGUCACCAACAGAGUAUUCUUCAACCAGAUAAUCCUCCUUAUUUAACAUCACAUUUCCAGGCAACAGAGUGUAGUUUUGAACCUCAGCAUGACUUUCCUGGGGUCACAUAUCUCCAUCAUCAAGAAAAACCACAGCAGCAGCAGCAGCAACAACAACAACAGAAGUUACUUCUGCACUACCCAACUGAAACAGAAACUAUCAAAUGGUUGCCUAAAUAUCCAGUGAUGAUUAAUACACCAGACCAGCAACAACAGCUCACACACCACCUUCCAACAGAUGAGCCUAACUCAAUGAUCAAUAGGCUAAGCACCGAUUAUACCUCUGAGAUUAGUAUUGACAAACAAGCGGUUUUUCAUGAAACUUCUCAAUGUGUACAAUGUGGCGCAUUAAAUACACGAAAUCAACAAUGGGUUUUUUAUAGAAUGACUGAACUUUAUUUAUGCAGUCAUUGCAAUCAACAAAUCGGCGGUAACAGUGUCAUUCAGUCGACAAGAAGGAUGAACGAACAAAAUUUCAAUUUACAGUCUGAUAAUUCAAAGUCAUUCUUUGAUCCAAUAUUUGACAGUGAAGUGUUAUUGAAUAGACAGCAAUUGGGCAUCGACCAAGAUAAAGCUUAUUUAUCCUCUUUGAUUUGGAAUGAUGUCAAGUCUCCGUCAAAAGAUUCGCCACUUGUAUUCGGUUCGACAAACAGUUCAAGUGAUAUGAAUAAACACUUACAAUUCCAAUCUACUCAAGAGAUUGUAAGUUAUCCUCCAUGGUCACAGUAUCCAGUAAAUAUUAUGAAGGAUAUGACAAUGACUGGUGAAACAAUGGAUACUAUGCUGAGUGAAGGAGAAAUUCCUGAAUCAUCCAAUGCCUUAUGUACCACAAGCUCAACACGUCGUUCCGGACAAUGUUGUACCAAUUGUAAUACAUCAGCAACUACUCUGUGGAGGCGUAAUACAGAAGGCGAACCGGUUUGUAACGCCUGUGGACUAUAUUAUAAGUUGCACAAGAUAAAUCGUCCAAUAUCCAUGAAGAAAGAAGGAAUUCAAACUCGCAAGAGAAAACCACGAAUGAACGCGCUAAAAUCUAACCAACUGUAUGCAACAAGUUCAUCACAUGGACUUAGGAGAUCCAUGAAUAAAUUGAUCGCACGUACGACUAGUACAAAAGAGGUUGGCAGUAAUUCUCCUCAGCAUAGUGAGUAUCAGUUUUUCCCUUAUCAACAGACAGAAGGUGUAAAUGAUCAUUCCAUUCUUCCUAAAUUUGCUUCCUCAUCAAAUUCGGAUUAUGAAGAGCCAUGCAUGAAAAGACAGAAUUUAAUUGAGGUUAAUUCAACAGCAUUGGAUAAAUUGUUUGAUUCUCAUCUAUUAAAGGAAUUCAAUUCAAUGCUUCCAGUCCCACACAAUACUCAGUUUCCUUCUCCUCCUGUGCCUCUUUCUUCUUACCAUCAUCGGAUGAAUUUCAGCGAAAUCAAUGAUCCACUUCAUGAUGAUCAUAAUGACAAGUGCAGUGACCACUUUGAAAGAAAUUCUAGAAUGAAAACUCGGCUGCUAAUGUUUGAUAGAAAAGUUGGCCAAAAUUUUAUGGAUCCACUAUUAAACUGGUCGAACAGAUCAAGAAGGGAGGAUGAAGCCACGGGAAGAAUGUCAAUGAAUAGUAUGGAUCUAGACAUUAUUCGUAAUCAUAUCACCAGUAGUAGUCAUAACAGUGACGACAAUUCUUACAUCCGACUGAAUUUUCCCAAGACGGAUGUGAAUGUUUUAAAUUUUCGACAUCAAAGGAUUGAUCAGCGACCUCAAACGGAAAGUACAACGUAUUCAACACCUGAACAGAACAUAACUGAUAAUUUACAGUCAACAAGUUUAAUGAAUCAGUUUCAUAGUAAUGAGCAGUCAGAUAUUGGAAUGAAUUUACCAGAACCAACUUUUCCAUCACCUUUACAUUUUAGCCAAGCUUCAGAAGCAUAACAGAAAACAAACGAACAAAUUCUACUACCAUGUACAUGUAUAAAUCUGAUCACAACUUAUUCAGUUUGCAUAAAAUGAACAAAACUAUCGUUGUUCAGAUGAAGAACCCUCUUUGUCUUUUAUCCACUUCCGUUGGACACUGAAUAAAAUUGUUCAUUUUUGAAGAAGUAAUCAAAUUUUAGUGAUUGGAAGAAUUGUAAAGUCAUUGGGUGCGUCAUAUUUAAAAAAAGAUUAUGUCGGUGACCUUACUGUUAAACUUUCCACCAAGAAUAAUGGAAGGAGACAGCGUUUACUGAGUCACUACAGAAAUAUUAUUUCUUCAUUCAAACUAUGGAUAAAUACCAAAUUUUUUGAUUUUAUUAUCAGUGAUAGAACAAUGUUUGACAUUAUUCGAAUUGUUAAUAUGUUAAUUCUAUUUCUCUAUUUGAAAAUUUCUUCUUUUUCACCAUAAAAAUAUCUUCAAUUUGUUCUCUGCUAUUCAGUUAUGUAUAACAGAGUUUAACUGUCACUUUCAUCAACCACUUUAAAAUGCCAUGGUGACAGAAUGCAUUAAUAUGUAUUCCUAACGUU